AUGUACGGCGGCGGAAUGGGCGGCGGAAUGGGCUACGGAGGAAUGGGCGGGAUGUACGGUGGUGGAUACGGCUCCUACGGCGGAAUGGGCGGAAUGGGCGGGAUGUACGGCGGCAUGCCCGGCUACGGCAUGCCAGGACCAGGACAAUUCGACCCCUCGCAGCCGACGCUCACGCAGACUCUGGAGAGCACGACACAAAAUACAUUCGCGCUGCUGCAUUCCAUUGUGCAGACCUUCGGGGGCGUCGCACAGAUGCUCGAGAGCACCUUCAUGGCGACGCACUCGAGCUUCUUUGCCAUGGUCGGCGUCGUCGACCAGAUUGGCCAGCUGCGCGCGGCGCUCGGGAGUGUGCUCGGGCUGUUUGGUCUGUUGCGCUGGCUACGCGACCUCGUCACAGGCAGACACAGUUCUGGCGGCAUGCGCGGCGAGUUCAGCGAGUUCAUGAACGGCCGUCCUGUGCAGCCCGUUAGCGGAGGCGCACCGCCACCAAAGGCAAGCAAGAAGCCGCUGGUGAUCUUCCUGCUCGCGAUCUUUGGCAUACCGUACGCGAUGCACAGGCUCGUGCGGCUACUUGUUGCCCGCCAGCAGGCACUCGCCGAGCAGCAGGGUGGCGCUUUGCCGCCCUUGGACCCUUCGCAGCUCACGUUUGCGCGGGCACUGUAUCCGUUCGAGGCGUCAACGCCCGCGGAGCUUGCACUCAAAGAAAACGAAAUCGUCGCGAUCAUGGGUAAAUUGGACCCAGCGACGGGGAUGGAGAUGGACCCGCGGCUCGAGGUAUGUCCCGAGGGAAGCGAAUGGUGGAAGGGCCGCACGCGUGAUGGCCGGGAAGGCUGGUUCCCACGAAAGUGGGUCCAGGUGUUGGAGCGGCGCAAGGCGGUAGAGGGCCCUGCACCGACUGCGGACGCGAAGAAGGCAGAGUGA